AUGACAACAAAUAUGGCAGAUGGUUUCGGACUAGGUGCGUUCUACACAGUCGCCCUGACAACAAGGCCAAGUUGCGACAACGAGGUCAACCCACUUGUACGAAUCGAAAGGAGACUGCGACCACACCAGAGGCCACAACAUCUUAGUCUUCACAUCUUUGCUGGAUACAGUCUUCGUCGUGACGACGUCUCAUGCUUUCUAACAUGUCACGUCCGUGAACAGACAGCAGCGGGCGAGGACAGCAUGUUUGUCCCAAUUGAGUGUGACUGGCCGAUGCAGAACUGUUCCGAACAAAGUGCGGACUCGGCUUGGGCGCACGGUUCUGCGACUCCAAUGCCUCGCUGCCGGCCGUUCGUCUGUCCCGUCGUGGCGAACGUCGUCGAGGCCAGC